ACGUUCUUCUCACGCUCGCGAGGGGUUGAAACUCGGUUCAGUUGUAUCGCGACACCCUCCGUCGAAGGGUCGAGCGCGACAGGAUCGCACAUUGUCGCGAAGAAUUUUACGUGUCGCAUGGUGACUCUCGUAUACGUCCCAUAUUUUUUUUUCCUUCCGACAUCCGCGAAAAGAAAUAUAAAUAAAUGUUACGCGAUUCCUCUCACAAUAAAAAAUUUCUUUUUACCGUGUGAAUGUAAAGUGCGCUCUCGCAGACUAUUCGCGCGAUUUAAUGGUUGGUAAAUGUCGGCACCGUGAACAGUAAACUACAAACUUGGUGGUUCCGAGCAUGAACUCCGCUGAAACUGAAGAGCUAUUCUCUCGAAGAGAUUCGAGGCCGAUAUCUUAGAACGCAAGACCGGUAGAUCGAUAUGACGACGUUCGAUCGCGCGUGCGACCAGUUACCGUAAAAGUAACGAGCGUAAAUUGUCAUUACGGCACGUGCGUAGCGUUUUCACGACCAUUGGCGGAAUCGACAACCCAAGGUCAUCGUGGUGGCCGGUGGUGGUGAGAGCAAGGUCGUCAGGGUCGCGGAAUCGCGAGGAGAAUGUGGAGGAAGGACGCGACCAGGCUGGCCAGGCUGAUCGUCGUCGCCACGCUGAUUUCCCUGACCGUUGACGGGACCGCCGCCGGCAGCUGCAGCUCCGCGAAGCUCUGUUGCCAGGGCAGGGACUCGGGCUGCGUCAUUCAGAAGGAAUCGAAUGAGAUUCCUUCUGUCGACAAGCGUGCGAUUCGCGACAAGCCGUGCUACUGCGACCACGCGUGUCUCAAGCUCGCCGAUUGCUGCGACGACUUUAAGGAGACCUGCGGUGUGGUCGACUGCGCGGUGAGCGAAUGGAGCCCGUGGACCCCGUGUGAUAACGGAUGCGGAAGUGGCACUCAAAGGCGCAGCCGGGUGAUCGAGAUCGAGGAAAAGAACGGUGGAAAGCACUGUCCGCACUUGGACCAGGUCAGGACGUGCCGCAGCUUCGAGAAAUGCCACGCCAGGAUUCGCUCGCAGCCGCACGCUAAAAGUGUGAUGCUUCUUGCGCUAUCUCCGAGCGAUGGCAACAGUACGGAUGUGAGGAUCAAGAAUAGGAUCGUCGAUAAAAGAGGCAGCUGCAUCCCUUUCACCAUUCUCUGGGUUUCGCGGGGUUGCAGGAAGUUUUCGAGUUUGCUCUCGCAAGGUUCAUGGAUUUGCGUGGAGCGUCCCGGUAACGACAGUCUGGACAAAUACGUGGGAAUCGGCAAGUGGAAGCUAUCUACCGAUAUUGCUGGUGGCAACAAUCGGCACGGUCGAUCGAUCUAUUCGACCUGCCACGGAAGAUGGGUCGGCGAUUCGCCGGUGGAUUGUCACGAUGACCUGCGAUGCUUUGGAUAUACCUCGCAGUUGGUGGACUGUCGCGAUGAUUCGCGAUGCGUGUACAAUCCGCGAUUCGAAUCCAGCUUAACGACCCCGUACACCACGCAAACGGUUCGAAGUCGCAGGGGCGCGAAUAGCAACGUCGUCAGCAAUCGAGUUGUGAGAAGACGAAGGAAAGGCAGACGAUGGAAGAGGAGUAGAAGAAGAAGACGCGCCGUCGCUGUCACGGAACGGUGAACGUUCUCCGGAGCUUUAUCACAGCUCCCGCGAGUGUCGUCAGUCUUAGAAGCCCUUCCUCUCCCUUUCCCUUUCUCCUUAUCUAUUAUUAUUAUGCGGAAUGUAUCGUAAGACACUUCAAGAACGGAUUCUUUGAAAAAUCGCGAUCGAGUGGAUGUUUUUGUAGGAAGAAUAUUGAGGCCUUGAUUUAAAAUUAUAAUCAAUUCAGGAUCACUUCGCAAAUUAAGCUUCAAAGUUACAGGUAGACACAGCAAACACAGAAGCUUGUUUCUUAUUUAAGUUCAAGUGUACUUUGAUAGAAUUUUAAUUUCAGACUAUUUGAUAUAACCAGAUAAUUUAAUUUUAAAAACAAGAAUGCUUGCGCAAAAUUAAAUUCUCGCUGAGGAAAAAUCGGCGCGCGCUCUGGAUUAGUCAAAGAAUCCAUUCUUAAACUACGUAUAGACUCGAUGUGUUACGAUAUAUUCUGUAUAUUUAACUUAAUAUAUUACUCGAGAAUUUUGUUAUCUUUUAAAUUUAAUUCUCUCUUGCAACGUUUGUGCUAAUCACUAUUCUUAUUUAUUUAGUGACUUCGAACUUUAAAUUUUUUUUUGCGUUAAAUUUUUUGCAGGGCAGAAAAACUACGGAACAUGAAAUAAAAAUCCAUUCUAUUUUCUUUUUCGCUCUGUUUUUUUUUUCUCUUCUUCUACUCGGCUUGACGUAGCAAUCGCGUACGGACCCAUUGCCUAGAUUAUCCCGAUAAUUAUCAUAUCGAUUUUAUCAUUAGCGCAAGCUUGCGAAACGUCCGCCGGGAGAGGAGUGAAUAUCUUAUUCUCUUUGGAAGGAAUCGCAAGAUAAUCGAUAUCAGCGACGUUAGAAUUAUGAUUUACGCAGAGAUUGUGAUUUUAAUAAAUUGUUGGACGGCGACGCUCGGGAGAACGUCACAGAAACGAGUGCUGAUAAUAUAUGUUGCAUUAAUUUACUAUUUUCCUCUCUAUUCUUUUUCCCCUUUUUUCAGAUUUCAUCCAAUCCAAUAUAAUGUAUGCGUUUAUCGGAUAGAUGUAUAAAAAAUAUAUAUUAUAUACAUAUAUUCGUAGCGAAUGGAUAAAAAGAAUUUUAUCAUUAUUAUAAUCAUAAAUAAUUGUAUUUUAUUAAUAACAUGACUAUCAUAAUAUCUUCCAUAAGACAGGAAAUUUUUAAGAUUAGAAAUAUAAAAUGCCUCAUGCAUAUUUUCCUUGAUCGUUUUAUUCAGCCUAUUAUUUUAUGUGUAUUAUAACACGGGGUGUCUCAAAAUUGUCAUUUAUCUACAAUUCGUCGGAAACGCUCCGACAUUCGAAGAAAUGGAACUUUUUUUUCAAUUCAGAUUCCAGUAUUUAUAGUUUCGUAACGAUAUUCGUUCUCUUUGCGAUGCCCUGUAUAUCUUGAAAAUAAUUUUCAAUGUUCCUAAGUAUAUACUGUAUAUUAUUCAACCUAUUAACACAUAUUGUAUGAUAUAAAAUUUCCAUACAGUCCUGUUUUUUAAUUUUUAGUAUUUGCAUCUUUAAGUGGAAUAUCACCAUUUCUCUUCACGAGAAACAUAUCGGCGUGACGAGAGGUUAAAGGCUCUCAAAAUAAAAUGGACAAAAUGUAAAAGCACAGUCAAUAAAGAGCACUUGCACAUAUCUGGA